AGCGCAGCGCCAAAAACGACUUGCGGCGUCGAGCGAUCGCGAGCUUCGCCGGCGCCAAGCGAGCGCAAAAGAAAGGCCCUCAGCGAUUUCGUCGCGUGCCGACGAAAAACAUGGAGCGAUCCUCGCUAGCCGAGAAGAACGAGGAGUGGAUUAAGAUGGACGACCGCAAGGACAACCCGAGCAAGAAGCAGUCGCGCUUCCAGGUCGCCAAGGUGGACUUUGCCGUCGAGAAGCACUCGGACGGCGAGAGCAGCAACGGCGAGGACGAUCUCGACCAGGACGGAGACGGCCAGCCGGACGGCCAGUCAUGGAACGCCUGCUCGUACGACACGCACAACGUGCGCAGCCUGCGCCACUACACGCGCGAAGCCCUGCCGCGGCUCGACCACUACCGGAACCUCAUGUCGGUGCACGGACACAUGGAGCGGCCCACGCUGGACGAACUGCACAACGCGACGCUGACGCUGAUGCCGGACCAGAAGCAAUCGCUAGAGAAGUCUGCACGCAACGCUGCCGACGAGGUGGCCAUCAAGGGCAAAGGCGCCGUCAAGCUGGGAUGGAUCCAGGGAGUGUUUGUGCGAUGUCUGCUCAACAUCUGGGGCGUAAUCCUGUUUUUGCGGCUGUCUUGGGUGGUGGGACAGGCUGGCAUCGGCCUGGGCUCCGGCAUCGUCAUCCUUGCCUCCGUGGUUACCAUGCUCACAACGCUGCCGACGAGGUGGCCAUCAAGGGCAAAGGCGCCGUCAAGCUGGGAUGGAUCCAGGGAGUGUUUGUGCGAUGUCUGCUCAACAUCUGGGGCGUAAUCCUGUUUUUGCGGCUGUCUUGGGUGGUGGGACAGGCUGGCAUCGGCCUGGGCUCCGGCAUCGUCAUCCUUGCCUCCGUGGUUACCAUGCUCACAACGCUCUCCAUGUCUGCCAUCUGCACAAACGGCGAAGUUCGAGGAGGAGGCACGUACUACAUGAUAUCUCGAAGUUUAGGGCCCGAGUUUGGCGGCUCCAUCGGGCUCAUAUUCUCGCUGGCCAACGCGGUGGCCAUAGCCCUCUACGUGGUCGGUUUCUCGGAGACCGUCCGGGACCUGUGCAAGCAACAAGGCACGUACAUCGUGGACGGUGGCCUCAACGAUAUUCGGAUCGUGAGCGGCGUGACGGUCAUCUGUCUGCUGGGCAUCGCCAUCAUAGGCACCGAGUGGGAGUCCAAGGCUCAGAUGGUGCUUCUGGUCAUCCUCCUGGUAGCCAUGGUGGACUUCGUUGUCGGAGCCAUGAUUCCCCCGAGCUCGGCCGAGCAGUCCAGGGGUUACUACGGCUGGAGCACCGCCCUAGCGCUGGAGAACGUCGGCCCGGACUUCCAGGAAGGCGAGAACUUCUUCACCGUGUUUGCCGUCUACUUCCCGGCUGCCACGGGUAUUCUGGCCGGGGCCAAUAUCUCCGGCGACCUGGCCGAUCCCCAGACAGCGAUUCCCAAGGGCACGUACUUGGCCAUCAUCGUCACGACCAUCUCGUACGUGUUCUUCGCCAUCGUGGCCGGAUGUGUGACGGUGCGCGAAGCCAACGGGCUCCCGAUGGAGAACGGAACCACGUUCGAGGACGUGCGCAACUGCACCCUGACCGGAGGAUGCGAGUACGGUCUCCUCAACGACAGCCAGGUGAUGGAGUUGAUAUCCGCGUUCGGUCCCCUUGUGUACGCCGGCAUAUUCGCCGCCACCCUGUCCUCUGCUCUGGCUAGCUUGGUCAGCGCCCCCAAGGUCUUCCAGGCCUUGUGCAAGGACCGCAUCUUCCCGCACAUCGAGGUGUUCGGCAAGGGCUACGGCAAGAGCAACGAGCCCCGACGUGGAUACCUGCUGGCCUGCGCCAUCGCGCUCGGAUGCGUCGCCAUCGGCGAGCUGAACGCCAUCGCUCCCAUCAUCUCCAACUUCUUCAUGGCUGCCUAUGCGCUCAUCAACUUCUCCUGCUUCCACGCAUCGUACGCAAAGUCUCCUGGCUUCCGUCCGGCCUUCAAGUACUACAACAUGUGGCUCAGCCUGAUCGGCGCCAUGCUCUGCGUGUUCGUCAUGUUCAUCAUGAACUGGCAGACGGCGCUCAUCACUUUCGCCGUCGUACUCGGCCUAUACAUCUACAUCAGCUACCGGAAACCCGAUGUAAACUGGGGAUCUUCGACGCAAGCUCAGAUCUACAAGGACGCACUGAACUCCGUCUACCGCUUGCAGACCGUACAAGAGCACGUGAAGAACUACAGGCCUCAGAUCUUGGUCCUGACCGGGGACCCGAGCCACCGUCCGCCCCUCGUGGACUUCGCCUACAGCAUCACCAAAAAGCUCUCGCUGCUGAUCUGUGGCAACGUCACGCCUCACCGCCUGACGUACCGGUCGCGCACUGCGCUCACUAACCGCGCCAACGCGUGGCUCGAGCGACGCAAGAUCAAGGCCUUCUACAUACUGGUGCGGGACGAGGACUUCACGCACGGCGUGCGAUCCAUGCUGCAGUCUUGCGGACUGGGCAAGCUCCGCCCCAACGUGGUGAUGAUUGGCUACAAGUCCAACUGGCAAACGUGCGACCGCCAGGAGGUGCUCAAGUACUUCACCGUCAUCCAUGACGUCCUGGACCUGUACAUGUCUGUCUGUAUCCUCCGGCUGCCCGAGGGCCACGACUACUCCGAGUACGCGGACCAGGACACCGCGGUGGCCGCCAACGGCAAGAAGCUCGACAUGCUCACCGUGCCGGGAGGCAUUGAGCGCGAGAACUCGUCGGGAGCCUUCCCGCGAAACAUUUCCAGCGCACAGCUGUCCAUGGGCGGAAGUUCCCGGGAGCCCUCCCCGCCGGCCACUCCGCACAUGAGUCGAGCGGUGGGCAUGCCGGGCAACGCCUCCGAGAAGGCUCCGCUGGCCGAGCCCGAGCCGGCCUCGGUGGUGGUCAACGUGAUGCCGCAGCAGCAUCACCAGGGUGCCGAGGACACCAACAAGACGUCCGAUGAGCCCAAGGAACUGCCGCUGUCCAUCAACCAGUUCCUGCGCAAGCAGAAGAAGGGAACCAUCGACGUCUGGUGGCUGUACGACGACGGAGGCCUGACGAUGCUCAUUCCGUACCUGCUGUCCACACGCAACAAUUGGAGCGGAUGCAAGUUGCGCGUCUUCUCGCUGGCCAACAAGAAGGAGGAACUCGACCGGGAACAGCGAAACAUGGCGUCACUGCUGAGCAAGUUCCGUAUCGAGUACUCCGACGUCACAGUCAUCCCGGACAUCGUGCGGCCUCCGGCUGAAUCAAGCAAGCGCGAAUUCGAAGAACUGGUCCGCAAAUGGCGUCGGACGGAAGACGACGCGGAGGUGGAGCACGACCCACUGGAAAUCUCGGACUCUGAGAUGCUCGCGCUCAAGGACAAAACGUACCGGCACCUGCGUCUUCGCGAGUUGCUGCAGAAACAUUCCAAGAAUGCCACGUUGGUCGCUAUGACCCUCCCGAUGCCGCGCAAGAGCACUUGCUCGGCCUCCAUGUACAUGGCCUGGCUGGAGACCCUGACCAGGGACCUGCCGCCGUUCCUGCUCAUCCGAGGCAACCAGACCAGCGUGCUCACCUUCUACUCCUAGUGGCGGCCUGCCUUCGACCUCGCGCCCCAAUUCUGUCCUGGCGGCUCAACGCGUGACACUUUGCCCACACCGUCCAAGCUGCCCGGUCACGUGUCCUUGAAGUCUGCAAAAGGUUCCUGGUGGUGGUGGUGGCAUUGUGCGAAACGCCUCGCCGUUUGGACUUUGGGCGUGAUCCUUUGAAAGUGGACUUCCUCCCCGUUACUUCUGCGUGCGUGUUUCUGUACGUGUCUCGCCUUUAUUACUUCUUUCGACCACCGUGGCAUCGAGGUAGUGGUAUCCGACGUGCGCACUCUUACGGUCCACUACGGCAUAGAAGAUUCCUGCUAGACGACAGCGUUGCCCUGGUGAACACUGUCCCGUCGUUGCUAUGCGAUGGUGGACGUCGGUUCGUCUCAAGGAGGCGGCGGUGUGUUGUUGUUCGCCUAGUACAUAGUAUUAGGUAUCGUUGUUGCCUUCCACUCCGCCUUCCUUUUUGUUCUUUACUAGUUAUAAUUCCGCACUACUUUUCCGCGUACUGUCGACUGGCGUCACAUAGUGAUGGGUCGUCGGACAUAUCGAAGAACGUGGUGGUCUUCCUUUAAGCCUGUUGGUGCACCCGUAGCGCCCCCUAUUUACAAAUGUUUCGGCGGCUAUUGCCAUCACUGUUAAUUCUUUAUAGCGUGAAUUAAACCUUUAGUUUUGUCGUAAUACUUAUAUAUAUAUUUUGUUCUUACCAAUUUCUCAAGUAGCACCCAUGUUAACAAAAACCCCGAGAAACGAUCUCGAAGUUGUACGUUCAGGAAAAAAAAAUAAACCGUUAAGAACUGUGCUAGCCUUGUUACAAGUAACCAUCUGUUAAAACUCCUCGUGCACCCAUGUAAAUUAGCAUACGUCUCCGGUGAUUCACAUCGUGCCAUUGUGGAGUCAUUUAGGCCGUCUUGUGGUUAAUAACGCGUUUGUAUAAUAAUCUGCUAUCAUGACCGACCAUUUCGUUGUGGUGUGCAAACGUGCGUGUGAGAUCUGAGUGGUGUGUGUAAUCAUAAGUCAUCUGCUCGCAUUGUGCCUUAACAAUACGCACGUAGGGUAUACACUUUAAAGAAAAAUACUGUGGUUUAAGCAGCAGACGUGUAAGUAGGAAGCGCUUUGACAUAGAAACCAUCGCGUCGUGGAAUCUUGUGGUGCUGGACUCCGAUUAGCAUUUUUUUCUUCUAUUUUUGUUGCUUUUUGGCUCAUAGAUCAGCCCUUGUUGAUAUUGUUAUACACCCCUUGUUUUUGGUUUUUUUUUAAAUCAUAAAUGACGUCAAAUUCUGCGCGUGAAACUCGGGCCCUAUUGGCUCACGGAGAAUACCGCGAUGUGUAACAUCUCUCGCAAGGCUGCUGUUUCGUCAAGCGCCGUACGUUAAGCUGCUGAUGGAAAGAAGGGGGAAAAAAGUAGUUUUAGCCCAGAAUUGUUACGUGUGUACCCAUGUUAACCCACAAUUCCGCCCAUCGAGUUGACUUCCACGCGACCAGCAUUUAAAACGAGAGCUUCAGGGGCAGCAUUGUUACGCGUUUAAUGGCUUGCAGCCCCGAUUUUUUAGUUUUCUAUUUUUUUCCCCAGACUAAUAACUUCCAUUACGCUAUACUAUACCGGUAACCUUAAGCGUAGCUGUAUAUUGCUUUAUCUCGACAGUCGCACACAUAUAUAUAUGUACCUUCAACACAACGACGAGAAUAUAUUGUGUUCCAGUCAAUGCAUUUAUGAUAGAGUUUGCCCGUAGAUCGCACUUCAUUAAGUCUGCGGCCAACCUAUGACUGACCCGAAUGAUUUUAGAGUAGUUAGAUUGCGUGUAUAUUGUUUGCCAACUUCGUUGUGAAUCUCCUCUGACAUUUUGUUGCUUAAGAGACAAGAAAAAAAAAUUGUGUCGUCGAUGUUCGUUUUUAAAGAACGGUUUCCGUUUGAACUGACGCCACGUGCGGAGUUGUUCUCUCUUACGCAAUUGCGGCAUUUCUUUGUGCAACUGUAGCGGCAUAUUUCUGAAUGACCGGUAUGCAGGAUACUUUUGCUCGUAAACGCUUCUCUCGUUGAAAAAUAGACGACGACGAAAAACUAGGAGAGAGAGGUAGAUUUUACUUUUUACCUUCACGCAUUCUUCACAGCGCUUGCUUGAUUCGUAAAAAGGCUGGAGAGGAAAUAACCGAGUGGAAUCUUUACAUCGCUUUUGCAUCGAAUUUCGUGCACUCUCCGUUUGUAUCGUUGCGCCUGUGCCUUUCAGGCGCUGCAGGGAGUCGAUAAUUUUAGGUCCUCUUUGUUUAUUUCGUCCCGUUUUUAGUUCCGCAUUUAACCGUAGGCAACGGAAGCACACUGGUGUACCAAUAUUUGUGAAACAACCAACCCUAACGUUACUUCCUGCAUUUAUCUUUUUUUAAAUUUUUUUUUUCACGUUAAGCGUGAAACGACGUUUCUUGAAGCCGUCGAGUUUUCUCGUUCGCGAGCAGGUCUUCCAUCAGCCUCCCUCCACGAGUACUUAUCUUGUAGCGUUGUUUUGUUUUCAAGUUCUUGUUUCUUGCUGUGCCGCUUGCAGUGUGUGUCUGUAGAAAUCGCGAACGUAUAGAUAGUGUUGUCACUGAAUCGCCGUUCUAUUUUAGCGUUUUGUUUUAUAUGGGCGCACCAAAUGAAUCUUCUCUGCAGCUUUGUGGUUCACUAAUGCGUUUGGGGGCCCCUAAAUGCAUUUCUUCAAUGUUUUCAGCUUGUUCCUCAUUUUCCUUCUGGUUCGUUUAUUUUUUAUUGAAUACAGGUGUCUCGCGUAAAGUAUAUGGCUGACGUGAGCGGUAGCGCUAAGCGUGGAUUUGUGACGUCAUACUACGCUGUCUGCUUUAUAUGGACAAGCGCGCAGACGUGGCAUUGUGUUUUCACCUGUGCUUCACGUAAGAGGCAAUCUUGGUUGAGAAAGAUAACGCGAAGCACGUGUGACGAGUACUUUCGCCUAACUUUUUCUUUAUAUUUGCUUACCGAACUCAACAACCUUUCGAAUCGUUCACUUUCUUCUAAUCUACUAGACACGAAGACUAUACUGUGGUGACGUCAGAAAAAAAAAAGAAUUUUUAGUCCGCUUGUUACUACGUAUUCAAUGAGUCGUACGUUUGGAACGUAGCGUUACCUGUGCGAAAACCAACACACCCAGUGAAAACCUCAGUUCGAAGCAAUUAAUAGAUCAUUGCGUCAAGAGUCGACCGCAUCUCGCGUUUUCAUUGGCCGGUGACUAUCCCGCGUGAACUUGCUGAAUUCUCGCUUCCUAUUGGUUGAAGGUUUCAGAAAAUUAAGGCCGGUGACCGUCACACGUGACCUCGCAGUGUUCUGGUUUCAUAUCAGCCUGAAGUGGAAGACGAGGUACAGCAAACUGCUGCAGCUGGUGGUAAUUUACUUUUGUCAGAUUUUUCUAGGGGCCCAGUAUCUCCUAGCUGUUGGUCUUUUACAAAUGAGAUGGGGCCCAGAUGUCUGGAGGUUUUGAGCCAUUGCAACGGCUAUCUACAUUAUGACCCCAUGACAUUUUUUCUCUUUUUUUUCGCUUCGUUACUGUGCAGUGUGUGUUUAAUUUGUCAAGAGUCGCAUCAUUCGGAGACGCCGGUCCAGUCCCCGCUCUCGCUAUAGAAACGCUACUAUUUUUGUAUUGCAAUGUAAAUAGGAAGAUAAAUGUUUUUGACAACUACGCGAAGCAGUAUUUUAGUUGUACAUAGUAUUUCUCAGUGUUUUUAUAUCUCGUUCUCUUCUUCGCCAAUGUUAAAGUUGGCCAGUAGCGCAAUGAUAUUUGCGCCUUCUUUGCCAUUGAGCGUAUUUCUGUGCUUGUUUUUUUUUUAAGAAUACGUAGAAAAACUCUCAGUGUCAAAACAAAAGUGCCUUUGGAUAGGAAGCGUGUUUGAACGCGCCUUUUCACUGUUCACACUCGUUUUUAGAAAGAAAAAAGAAAAACUCAACUUGUCUGACCCACAUGUCAUGCUCUGCCUAGUGAGUGAUCGAUUGUUCCAAACGUGUUUCUCUGGGCUUCAAUAAAUAAGAUGACGUGGUCAACUUAC